AUGAUUUGCCCACAGCACUGCGUAUGUCAAUACGCCCAUCGAAUGGAUUUGUCAAUUUCACGUUGGAUUCAUGCGGUCGAAACGAGACAAAGAAAAGGCCAUGAGUUCGUCGACUCAAGUGAAGAUGCUUUAACCAACAAUGAGGUGGUCACUUUUGAAGAUGACAUUCAACCACAAAAUAAUGAACUUUUGAAAUUCACGAUGUGUUUGUUGCCAUCUAACAUUGAACCGAAAGAUUUGAUCGCCUCAUUGCCGCACGAUGUUGAAGCUUUGGUUAUUUUAUCAACAGAAAAUCGAAAGAAUUUAUCAGUUCUUGUUAGCGAUUUUAAUCAACUGUUUGACUUGAAAACUCUCGAAAUUCGCGGAUCUAAGGAGACUGAAUUUACUUUGCGAUUUGAUGAGCCGAUUUCAUGGGUGAAUCAUUUAAGCAUUGAAUCUGUUCAUGUUGAAGCAGCUGAGACAAUGCGAUUUCGUCCAAAUCUUGAAGACAUUGAUCCAUCGCAGAACUUUCAUUACGUGCCAAAUUGUGAGAAGUUUGAAUACAACAUUUCGUUUGAAACGCCAGAAGAAUUAAAAGAAUUGGAAAUCGUUCCUUAUGAGGUUUAUAAAAUGGAAAAGUUGACGUCAGAAUUACGAAUGAAGACAAUUUCAUUUUAUGGUUGGGACAACUUGAAAGUGUUAAGCAUCAAAGGGUGUGAAAUGCAUGAAAUUUACUGGGAAAUGUUUGAUGGACUUUCAAAUCUUGAACAUUUGGCACUUGAAAAUAAUGGAAUUAAAGAAGUUCCAGCAUUUUCCUUCUAUGGCACGCCAAACAUCAAAACAUUGUCAUUAGCAAAUAACGAAAUAUUUGAUUUGACGUAUCGAUCGCUUGCUGGACUUCUCGAACUUCAAUUACUUGACAUUAGUGAUAAUAACAUCGGAAAACUCUCUGAACAAACAUUCCCACCGUUUCCGAAACUUCAAAUUGUCGAUCUACGUCAUAAUCCAAUUAAAAAUCUUUUCCCAGCUAUUUUUGGCGUCAUGAACAAAACGGAAGUUCUUUAUUUGGGGUCUGAGAACGUCCCACUAGAAUUAAAUGCACGAAAGCCCUUCGAGUACUUGACGUCAUUGGUUUAUUUAGAAAUUCCUAAUCUGAGUGUACCACAAAUGGAUCAAAAUACUUUUGCAUCUUUGGAUAAUCUUCAAAUUUUAAAGAUUCGAAGUGGAAAUAUUCCAUUCAUUGAAUUCGACACAUUUUCAAAGAUGUUGAAACUGAAAGAACUUCACAUAAGACAUUGCAAAAUUGAGGAAAUUUCCAUGGACACGUUUUUUGGUGCAAAAAAUCUCGAAAUUGUUGAUUUGUCGCACAACUUGAUUAAAGAAGUGCCACCAGGUCUGUUUGAUGAUCAGCACGAUUUGACGGAAAUUCUUUUAGUCGAUAAUCAACUCAAAACACUUCCGUCUGAUAUUUUUAGACUAAACUCUUUGAAAAUGAUUCAUCUGUUGGAUAAUCCAUGGGAAUGCAAUUGUGACAUGAAGUUCUGGCGUCAAGAAAUGACAAAUAAAUUUCGAUCAGGAAAAACCGACAAUAAAUGUUCAGGAAAUGUUCUUAAACAUGACAAGUUGAACUGCGAUGGAACCACAACAAUGACAUACACUUUUGAUCACAAACUCUCGCCAAGAUGUAAAACUCCAAGUAAUUUAGAAGGAAAAAGUGUUUUCUAUGCACUUCGUCGUGUCUUAAAUUGCGCUUCAUUUAAGUCUGCUUCUGAUGCAUUAAAUCCACCAAAAGUAACCGAAAAACCUCAGAAAAAAAUUGCCAUCAAACACAAAUACGAAAAACAUGUUCGCGACCAAAAAAAGAAGAAACAAAAAGAAGCACAAAGGAAUUCGUUGCAUUACCAGUUAUUCCAGAGACGAAACUAUGAAAACUUGCAGGUAAGAAACUUCAAUUCUUUGGACAACAAUGAAAUGUCAAAUGACUUGUAA